CUCUACAUCUUGUAAACUGCUAAUCUGUGGUUGAUUUGUGCAACAGACCCUUGCUUUGUCUUUCACUUCCUAAUUAACGAUCAAAAAAUAUCGCAACCUAUUAACCGCAGCCGCAGGACAACAAACUAGGAAAUUAUAUAAAUACGUCUCUUAAUCACCACCCAUACUUAGUCGCGGUGUACAUGAACGUUGACCAGUUGGAACCUUGCUCCAAAAAUCUCCUAAAUCAGAUCAAUUACCACUAUUACUCGAAUUAAUUGAAUUCCAACCUACAUUUCUUCCAAGUGUGGAGUGCCGGGACGUACCAAAAGUACGACCCCCGUCGGUACCGCGGACGCGAGGUUAUAAAGUGAAGUACUUCAGUUGAGGGUACCGCCGAAGACUUUCGAUUCCACUCUUACUAUCGUACCGCGACGGUUUGCAUUUCUUGCGGUGAUUGUAGCGCGCCAUUGCUGGUUUUUUAUUGUUCCGAUUUGGAGCAGGUACUACUUUGUUCGUGACUUUUCCGUUGGAGUUGUUAGUGAUUUGUUUUUGGAUUUCGACGUAUCGAAGUGACAAUCAAUAUGAAGAUUAUGAGGAUAGUUCCACUCCUAGCAGCAUUACUGCUGAGUAACGCAGACGCUAGAAGGAUAAGGGUACAACCGCCACAAGAAGAUGAAGCAGAGCCCCAGGAUACUAUCAACUACUACGCGGCAGAACCUCAAGAGGAAGAAGGGCAACAACAGCCACAGGUGGUUUUAGUAUCUUCAGCGGAUAGAUAUAACGGCCUUUACGGGCAGCAGUCAGCCUCCUCUCGAAGAGAAGACAACCUAAUACAUCGCGGGCACACCAAAGGUACCAACGAAGUAGCUAGAACUAAGGAGAGCAAACCUCCGGUACAGACGAUCAGAAACUAUAGCAAAGUGAAUGAUGAUGGAUCAUUUACGUUCGGGUAUGAAGCAGCAGAUGGUAGCUUCAAGGAAGAAACUAGAGGAACCGAUUGUGUAGUACGUGGAAAAUAUGGCUACGUAGAUCCAGAUGGUAAUAAACGAGAAUUUACAUACGUAUCUGGAAACCCAUGCGAUCCCAAUGCUCCCAAAGAAGAGGAACAGGAACAGGAACAGGAAAGCAACGAAACAGAGAAUGGUCCCGCGAAUUACCCUACAGCUCCUAUUCAGCCAAUUAGGAGACAUCCCCCGCCAACAGCAAAACCCGCAGUGACACUCUUCCAGAACGCCUACCAACAACAAACUGAAGCUGAAGAAGAGGAACAACCUGAACCUGAACAGGUUCUCAGGCCAACACCACAGCCUGUCCGUCGUCCGACACCCAUCUACAUAACCCGUCCGAGCAGCUACCUGUCAAACAGCGCCAGUGAAUCCAGCAGCCAACCACAGGUAUACCAAAGACAAGCUACCACCACACCAGCGCCUGCUUCAGUCAUCUACAGAGACAGUGUAUAUCCCAUUUCUGUUACACCAAGGCCUAUUGCUACAACCAGAACACAACAUGUACCCACCACAACAUACAGACCGCAACUAUUACAGGCGACAGCUUCUCCACGACCGAAUCUUGUAUACACGAAGCAAUACCAACCAUUGUUACCAACGUCAACGAUUUCACCCAUUAGGUCCCAAGACUUUUCAGCAGAAUUCCAUAGGUUCCAGCAAGAAAACAACAUCCUCUCAGCUACCCCCUCCACUCUGGCUUCCAAGUCCGCCACUGCAACCUCCCGUCCAUCCACCGCCUCAACUCCAAUCUACUCCACCGCCCUGAUAUACGAUCCCUCUACCGGCCAAUACAACAACCAACUGUACCAAUCACUACCGCAGAGCGAGGGUGACAUCGUGCUGAAGCAACGCAUCCAACCUUAUGUUCACCAAGCCCAGGGCAAGUCUCCAGUGCUGAACGUGCAACAGUUGAGGGGGCAACACCAGCCGCUGUAUCAGCAGACUUACAGGCCGCAGCCUUUGCCUUCACAGGCUUCCUACCAGCAGCAACAGGCUGAGCUUCAGUUCCAAAACUCCGCACAGCUAUACGCGCAGCAGCAGAAAGCUAGACAGCAGCAACAGCAGCAGCAGCAACAACAACAAAGACAGCCUUCCAGACCUCAACCCAUUUACUACGUGCAACCUUCAAGCCUGGAUAGCAGUGGAGCACUCGCCAGUAGUCAGAUCGACGCCUUCUUAAGGGGGCAUAAUAUUCAGUUCUAGAUGAAGUAGAAUGUGGUUUUGUGAAAUAUUUAUAUGACAUUUGAACUCUUUUGAGGUUUUAAGCUAAGAAAGAUUCCGAAGGAUCUGGUAAACGAAGGGAUGACCUUUUUUAUGAAAAUCAAGUGGAAUAUGCGUAUUUCAUAUUUUUCAAAGUUUCAUUUCUUGAACUGGAAUGUCUUCGAGGCAAGAUUCCUUAUAAACGUCUACAAAACUAUAAUUAGUCAAAGAUCAUUUAAAAACACACUUUUUACAAUUAACAAAGCCUUGGUGAUACUAAACAUAGUUCUAGUAACCAAUACUGCCUUGUUGAUUUGAGAGUAUAAAAAAGGUUAAAAAUGACUCAAAUACAAAGACAUCAUUGAAAAUAAUUUCAGUAACCUAAUAGUUACCUUGAAAGUAUUAUUAUCGAUGAAAUAUUGAGCCUUUUGUAUAUAUUACGAAUUAUUACUAUCUGUGUAUUAUAGUAGAUAAUACUUUUAUUUAUCUAGUUUAGUUUUUUACACAACUGCUCUUUUGUAAUUUUCAAGAAUUAAUAUG